AAGUCAUCCUUUGCUCCUUCGAAUCUUCCUCUUUUCCUUCUUUCUAUUUUAAGUUAAAAUUGGAAGAACAACAGAAGCAACAAAAAUAAGCAGGAGAAAUUCGUUAAAAUUUCAAAUUAACGUGAGAGCAUGAUGGAGAACAUAGUUGAGAGUUUAUGCUCAAGCUUCUUUGGAGACCAUUACAAUUUGCAGCCGUACUCCUUAUCAUUGCUCUUUUUCUUUUUUGAUGAAUAUUCCAAUUUAUAACAGUAGUUACGUUGAUUUAUGUUCCUUUACUUUUUGAUGGGGUCCGAGAGGUUUGAAAAUCGCGCGCCCUAAGAAACGACCCUGGGUUCUCUCCAUCUUCCGACCAUGCCCCAUCACUAAUUUCAGCACCACACACCACCACCGCACCCAAAUCCCACCUCCAAUCUUAUGUUAAGGUCCAUCUUCCAUGCCUCCCUCGCAGGCUUCGUCACCACCCCAUCUCUCCACCGCCUGAAGCCCACCCAAAUUAACCCAUGUGGGACCUUCUCUUCCUCCCAUCUCAACAAACUAAUCACUCACGAUCACAGAGGACCCCUUCGCACCAGCGGAACCAUGAGCGAUGUCUUAGAGAUCUUAGGUCCAUUCGACCACAUCUUCCCCCCCUCCGACGCCCAGGUAUACACUAAUUUGCUCAGAAAAUGCAUCAGAUCUAAGAAUUUCCUUCUGGGAGAUUCAGUUCACGCUCAUCUGAUCAAAUUGGGAUUCGAAUCAGAUCUCCUGGUUUCGAACGUGUUGUUGGAUAUGUACUCAAAAACUGGGAUGCUCGAUAGCUGUGCAAAGCUGUUUGAUGGAAUGCCCGAGAGAGACCAUAUAUCUUGGUGCACUUUGAUUUCAGGCUAUGUUGCCCACGGUUUCGAUCUCGAGGCAUAUGGGCUGUUCAGGAAAAUGUACCAAAGCCGCUUAAAGCCCAAUCACUUUUUGAUAUCAUCAGCAUUAAAGGGGUGUUCGAUGUCUGGGAUUCUUGAUUUGGGCGUGUUGAUUCAUGGACUGGUGAUUAAAAGUGGAUUGGGAUUUGAUAGAUUUGUAGAGAUUGGGCUUGUGGAUAUGUAUGCAAAAUGUGGGAGUUUGGAUGACGCACUGAAGAUGUUCUAUGAAAUUCCUGUGAAGAUCCCGGUUGCUUGGAAUGCUAUGAUUUCUGGUUAUGUAAUGAAUGGCCUCUUCAUAGAAGCUGUGGAGCUUUGCCGGGAGAUGUGUCGAGUAGGGUUUCUUAUGGACUUGGUGACUUUGAGAAUAAUUGCCAGUGCUGCUUCAGUUUUGGAGAUGUUUGAUUUUUGUAAAUGCCUUCAUGUCUACUCUAUUAAGAUCGGAUUGGAUGCUGACAGCUACGUGGUUGCUGAGUUUGUCAGAUUGCUAACCAAGCUCGGAGAAGCGGACUAUAUGGGCAAGCUCUUUAGUGCAGUUAAGAAGCCUGAUGCAUUCUUAUACUCGCUACUUAUUUCAGGAUAUCAAUUUCAUGGUCACAGAGUGGAAGCUGUGAAGCUUGCUGAAGAACUUCUUGUUUUGGACAGGAGUCCAAAGCAGGGAGCUUUGGUUACCAUUCUAAAUUUGUGCCUUUGUCUGGUUGAGGGUAGGCAAAUCCACAGUUAUAUCCUGAAAACUGGACACUUCUCUUUACUUUUAGUUGGCAAUGCUUUGAUUUCAAUGUACAUUAGGUUUGGAGAGAUGGUGGAUGCAAAUUCAGUCUUUCAUAGGAUGCCAGAAUGUGAUGUAGUUUCAUGGACGGCAAUUAUGGCUGGUCUUGUUCAUAAUCUUCAGUUCGAGGAAGCAUUUGAGACUUUUCAUGCUUUCAGGAAAACUGGCAUACAAUUGGACCAGCAUUCUGUAGUCACAGCAGCAACUGCUUGCACUGGUCUUCUUGACAUAGAUAAAGGCAAGCAGAUCCAUGCUUUGGCUGUGAAACUUGGGUGCGAAUCUUCUGAUUUUAUGAAUGCAUCUAUGCUUCACAUGUAUGCGAAGUGCGGCUACAUCGGCAGUGCUUCUAGGCUGUUUUCUUACUCAAUUCUUUUCCAAAAUCUGAUCUUCACUAAUAUCAUGCUUGCUGGGUAUUGCUGGAAUUCUCAACCAGUGAAAGCUCUUGAACUUUUUGCCAAGGAGUAUCACUCUGGGUUGAUCCCUGAUGAAUUUAGCUAUUCUACUGUCCUUGGUGCUUGUGCUGAUAUAAAAUCAAAGGGGGUGGGUGAGCAGAUUCAUUGUCAUAUUGUCAAAAGCGGUUUUGAGUUUUCAGAUGUUAUAGUCGGAAAUGCAGUCAUAAGCCUCUAUGUCAGAUGUGGAUGCAUAUCCACUGCUUGCAAAUUCUUUCACAGCAUGAAAAGGUGUAAUACGGAUUCGUAUGCAACAUUGAUGUUGGGCUAUAUGCAGAAUAGAGGAAGCAGCGAAGCUCUUAGACUGUUCUAUCAGAUGCAACAAAAUGGUUUACGUGCUAACCCGGUUAUCUUUGCUAGAAUACUUAGAGGCUGUGCUGAUAUAGCUGCAAUUGAUCUUGGGAAACAAAUUCAUGCUUCCAUCAUAAAGAUGGGUUUAGUUUCAGAUGUCUACAUUGACAAUGCAUUGGUGGGCAUGUAUAUGAAGUCUAGAGAUGUGGACAGAGAAAGGGAAACUCUUGAUCAGAUGUCAAUUAGAGAAAAUGAGAUGUGCAAUUCCAUGAUUGCUGGUUUUUCACAGGUUGGAGAUAGAAAGAGGAAUGUUAAAACUAUUACAUUAUUCAACUUGGAUGGAGUAAAAGAAGAUCACCAUGGUUAUGUGGAUAUCAUGAACUUUUACACAAGUGCUGCUUCGCAGUUGCGUGAAACAUCUUUCCAUUCUUGCAUGGUUCAAAAUGGUCUUAGGUUUGAUGUGUCACUAAAGAACUCAAGGGCUCUAGACAAUUCACAGGACGGACUUAACAAGAAAUUAGCAAGAGACAUGCUUAUGUGGAACUCUAUCUAUUCUGAGUCUGUCAAAAAUGAAUGUCAAUUUGUUGAGUUGCUGGAGUCAAUGAAGGUGGAGGGAAUAAUUCCGGACCAUGUAAUUGUAAUUAUUUUCUUAGGUAACUGCAAUUUGCAUAUAUUGGAUGAGAGAACCAGCUACUUCAAGUCUUUCAGAAGAUCGUGGAUUGGUGGCAAUGCAAAUGCACUAUGCUUUCCUGGCUGACAAGCGAGUCAGCUUGGCAGCUGAAAGAAAACCAUGAGUGGGUAGCACAGGUGCCUGAGUGGCUGAACUAUCUUAGACCUUUGCAAAGCCAUGGGGAUGCCAAGUUUGUGCAAAAUAAGGCAUGGAAUGUACAUGAUGAGGAGGGGAAGUUACUUGGCCAUUCUUGAUUUUUUUUCAUAAGUUCAUGCUUUGCAAGGAGAUGAUCUGAUAUGGAAAUCUUCUUGAAUAAUAUGAGAGGUUACAAGAGAAAGGAGUUUCUCUGUAGUUGGGUUUGGAGAAAAGAGGCACUUUGCAGGGAAAAUACAAUGAUCUGGAACCCCUCCAAGUUUUCUUUUUUUCAGAUGUUCUCACUUGCAUUGUUUUUCAUCUAACAAGAUUGGGAAAGCAUGUUACAUCAUAACAUACAAAAAAUUGUUGGAAGUGGCAUAUAUGAGGGCCUGUUUGGUUGCUGGUAAUUGAACUCUGCUGGAUGGAGUUGUGUGGAGCUGGAAGAACAGCAACUCCACUUACAUCCAAGUGUCUCUGAAAAAUACCACCAUCUGCUUUGAGCUGCCAAAGCUCAGCCUAUAAUUACUGUACAUGCUGAUGUUACAUCGUACAAAGCAAAAGGAAAACCAAAAACUUGCCAAUCAAUGUUUCCAACUUGUGGGUCAUUCAGUUACAUGGAACCAAACACAUGCUAAUUUAUGUCCUGAUUAUUUUCAAACAGUAAAUCAGGUCAAAAACAAGAAAGCAUUUACUGUAAGACCAGGCAAAACAUGCAGGGCCAUCAAAAAUUUCUGAAGGAUGCACAUCUGUUGCUUGUAUUGACACUCGUGAUUAGAAGAAUCAUAUUGAUUAGGGGGAACGUAAGAUAUUAUUUUCUUGGAUUAAUUCCAGCUCAUAAAGAAAUACAGUAACUUGGUGGCUAUCGUUUAUUUAUCCAAAAUAAAGAGAUUGUGUUUCAAAAGGCCAAAAAUCAACCAAAAAGCAAAACGGCAUCAGAAUUGAAGCUCAAUGAUCGUUAUUUGUAUACAUCGAGAUAAAGAGAUUCGGUCUCAAAUGAUCUAUAGGCAAAAGCAAAUCACAUCAGAAUUCAAGGUAUGUUAUGUUCUACUCAGCUUCUUUGCUUUAAAUUAAACUGAAAUCACAAACUGAGGCAUGCAUGCACACGUAUAAAAGGAAAAUGAAGUACGUCAUGAUUUAUAUGAACAGAAAAUAUUGUGAUAUCAAAAUGGAAUAGGAUUCGUACGUCUACUUUCAUCCAAUUGCUCAAAAGUGGAAUUUUCUUGGUAUCUGUUCCCCUUCUUAUGCUAUGGCAGGAGGUCGAUAGGUAUGACCAGCAUGAUGGCUGGUUAAUAUCUGACAACAGUAACCAUCACAGAGUCCUCAGGACCCACUCUAAGACUAUAAAGCUACAUAAUUGUCGUCUUCAUAGGCAAAUGUAAACUCUAAGGUCACGUAUGGAAGUUAAAUUUAGGUGCAUGGUAUCAUCAAAGUUUUUGCCAUUACUGUCUUGGGAAUUUCUUGUUUGAAUUUAGGUGCAUGGUUUGUUGAUAGUUUUGGUUAUAUCUUCUGAGUUUUGAAACUUACAACUCUUUCUUAGGUUCAAGGUCAUCGUACGAGGGAAAAGAGAGGAUAGAUUUUCCUAAGAUGGAAAUAUGUGUUUGGUAUGCGCAAACCAACCCCCACAUGAAGUAUACCUAGUGGGUUGAACUAAAUAAUGAGGUUUGUGUGAUAACCCAGCCCACUAAGCCCAGUAAAAAUCUGGCCCACUAAGCCAGUAAA